GCACUAGGUCUCGGUGCUCGUUGUACAAAUAAAAUUUCUAUAAAUUGAAACAGCAAAAUCGAUAUGUGAUUCAGUUUCAAGUGUGCAGUCUCAUCGACGUAAACAAAAGAAAAGUAACGUAAAUAAAAGGAUUUGUGCGAUCGUGAUUUAUGUGACUAAAUAAAUCUGCAACUUAAGUGCCACCCGGAAUUUACAUAUUAAAAAAAACCAGACUUUUUUAUAAAUCUAUUUAUAUUUGACACCGAUUUUGUUUUCUAAGAAAAUUUCCGAAACUAAUCCACAAAAAUGAAGGUAUCUGCAUUGAUCUUUGUAUGCAUUGUGGCUGUUGCUGUGUCUGUUGUCGUUGCCAUUCCCGUUCAACCAGAGUACGGCGUUGAAUCCAAAUUAACAUUGGCCGACCUUGAGAACGAACAAAAUAACGUUAAUGCUGUGGCCGAUGAAAAUGGAAAUAUUGCGCGUGAAAAACGAUUCAUUUUGAAGAAACUUGCGUUGGCCAAAUUGGCCCACUUGGGUCUUGGUGCAUUGGGCAUUGCUGGAGCAGCAUUGGCUACAAAAGGCGUAUUGAAAACUGUAUUGGAUUUCCCAAGCCAUUACAGUUACCGUGCAUCUCCACGCCUGAGCGUUAGCUAUCCGAAUGGCGCAUAUCAAUACAGCCAAUAUUUCCGAUAGAUUCAAUCUCCAAACGCCAGUAUCGUUUUAUCAUUUGUUAAUGAAACUGACUGAAAGCAAAAAAAAAAAACUGUAAAAAUUUUCAAAUCUCAAGUUAAUUUGAAUGAAAAAAAAA